CCACGAAGAGACAAUAAUGCGUGUCGCUACCGCUCUUCGAUCUCCACAAGUCCCGCGAUUCGAGCGACGCCGUCGCCCACCCGGUGGUUUCUGGGUUUGAGUUUGACGUUUAGCGCUGCUGCUCCGCACCUUCCAUGAUUCUGUCCAGCCUCACCCCGCGACGUCUCUUGUUGCUGCUGCAGUCGAGCGCGCGCGCAUUUCAAACCUUCAGCUGAGGUAGCUGAGGCCGAAUUCUUCGCAAGUUUGGGCAUGCUCCCGCGAGGGACUUUUAGAUGAUUUGGUUUCUCUUAUAUCCGCUGCGAGGGACGACCGAACCGCCCAAACUCUCGCCCUCACACCCCAUCCGCCGGGCGUUCCAGGCCCACGGCACUGCUACCGCGCAGCAUUGGCUGCUCUCGCUCGUCCUGACCAUCAGCAUCUCGGUGCUGCUCUGCUACCCGGCCGUCUUCCAAACCAAUAGUCCCGCCGGCGCGGGCCUGCGCAACCUCCCCAAGCAUGUCUGGACCUCGACGACGGAAGUUGAGGGCGAACGCCCCGCCGAUGUUGUGGUGCGCCAGGUGUGGGUGCAUGGCGACUACAUGAGCGCAGUCAACCAGAGCGUGCUGCGCAAAGCCUUGGACGUUCAGGAUGCUCUCAUCGAUGGCGGCUUCGACGUAGGGGGACCCAGCCCAACGACAGUAUUCGCUCGCGACAACUCAAGCUGUGUUAUGCCAAGGCUAGGGCAGAAGUGGGGUUGGCAGUCGCCCUUGAUGUAUUGGGACUGUUCGCAUGAAGCACUGGAGAGCGACAAGAACAUACUCGAGACCAUCAACGCGCGCAGCAAGAAACAAACUUCUAUGAACCUCACCCUGCGACCAAGCACCGUCUUCGCGGGCAAACUCUUCGCCAACAACAAGCUUCGAGCGGCCGAUGCCUUGGUCCUGACGCUGUUCGAUCAGACAGAAGACUCAGACCUAGGCGAUAAAUGGGACGCAAGGGCAAGAACGCUCGCACAAGGGCUUGGACCAGAUUGGGCAAUAUUCCCACAGGAUGGACAGAUCACGAGGAAUCGCCUAUACGAGUUUCGCGUCAAGCCUAUGUCGAAGCUGGACGACAUCUUUCUUGCCGGCUCGUACAUGGUCACGGCGGUUUACGUGAUCUCGAGAAUGAUGCAGCUGCGCGCCGUCAAGAGUUGGUUCGGGUUGCUCAUCACUGUCGGCGCCAAGAUGGCCAUCUGCAUCAUCGCCAGUUUCUCCUUGUGUACAUGGCUGGGAAUCGAUCUGGCGCGGAUACCGAGGCCCUGGUUUCCAGCAGUGGUGUUCUGUUAUGGACUAGGAAACAUCUUCCGACUGAUCAACGCCGUUUUGGAAACACCACCAGAGAUGCCCCCGCAACAGCGCAUUGGAAAUGCGCUCGGAGAGGUUGGUCAUCUGUCUCUCGCGGUUGCUUUCCAGAAUCUCGCCCUGAUCUACCUUUGCUCACGAUUCGUUUCGCCGUGGGUAGCUGACUUUUGCGUUUUUGCAGCGGUCACACUCGUCUUCGACUUCGUCUACCACCUCACUUUCUUUGUCGCCGUUCUGAGCGUGGACGUACAGCGCAUGGAGCUGUCUGAUUCAAUUGGACAAGCUGACCUUGCUAAUGGCUCCAAAAAGAAACGCCCUGAACGUCGGUCAUGGCUCGUUGCUUUGAUGGAAGGUACCACGCCGCUGAGUACGCGUUUCGCUGGUACAGUCGCAAUCUUCUCGAUUAUCCUGGCUAUCAAUUGGCACUUCUUCGACGUUAGCGAUCAGCACUUCUCUCUCGACACGGUCCGGAAGAAGUUCAUGUCUAGGAGGCAACGGCGAAGCAAUGGAGUCCAGUGGACUUCCCCACCAAUCAACCAAGCAAGAACGCCUGCUGAGUGGUUGAAGUUACAAGAUCACAACACGGCCAAGGAGCUGUUUGCGUUUCUUAAGCCAGGUGCUCAUAACUUCAUCGCUCGGAUUUACGACCCAAUACUUGUUGUAACAAACGGAGCGAGAGGAAGGGACAAGCCUCAAGCACCCACUACCCUGAUGGGUCACCUCCGACGCUUUGCGCAAGGUCAUACAUUUCCAGCAGCUUUAAUGGCAGUGUUCCUGAUAGCCGGCGUUACGUUACUAAUGAACUACCUCCUGUGGACCGGUCUCCCUGAAGUCACAGACAACGACGACGCGGAAGAGGCGUCUUUCUCUGUCAAGACGUUACCCACACAGCAAACACUGGACAUUGUCCACAUGUCGUCGUGCUCCAAAGGCAACCUGGCGGGUGUAAGCUUGGACAGAACCACUUCGAUCUGGCUCAACGGACGAACAGGCUACAUGCCUACGACCUUGCAGACAGCCUCCAUGAAACCCAAACUAUGGCCUAUCGUGGCGAGUGCUUUGGACGAGAGUGGCGCCUUCCUCGCUAUGGGCACCGACAGUGGACGGAUUGGCCUCUGGAGCAUCCCUGCCUCGCGCUUUUUGAUGUUCCCGAAUGUUGACUUUCGAGGGCAAGUGCCGGCGCUGUUCUCCUUCGUCAAUAUCACCCGCAACGACAACGAGAAGCCGUACGUCAUGGUACUCAGCCCGGAUGGCUACCUUACUGAACUUGAGGCACGCACUGGCAUCCACCGAACGAAACGGAUCAGUGCCAGUGCUAUACUCUGUGCUCAGCUCUAUGUCAAAGCCAAAGGCGACGCCAGUCUUGUGUUCGUGUGCAAACCAGGCGAAGUACACAUUUUGUCUUUACAAGAGCCCAACAAUGCAUCAUCUGAGGUUGUUGCCAGUCUCGAUCCUGGUCCGCCGCCGGACAGCAAUCCCUCCAAGGUCAAGUGCAUUCACUGUGUACCCAGUCUCGGGCUGAUUUUCGCCCUCCGCGACGAGAGAGCAGAGAUAUUCGACUUCAACAGCAAGGCACUCAUACAUGCCUUCGAGAUUGGGCACAUCAAGCCACACUCCUUCCGAGCCAUGCACUCUGCGCGGCGUCAAUGCCACUGCGGCGCCCCCGCGGUCCAGACGCUGUCUGUCGCGUAUGCCGAACAAGACAAGGAGCAUAUGAUCUUGCAGACCUUCACCCCUGAGGAUACCUCGAUUUCGCAGAUAUGCCUUGGAAAACCACUAGACAGGGUGAAGCACAAGUGCCGAGGACUCAAAUGCACCACUGAAGCUGUUCACUAUGUCGAACCAGCCGGCGUCUGGGAAUCAACAAGUAUUUCCAGCAUAGUAGGCGUUCGCAGGCGCACACAAUCUACCUCGACCCCAUCAGUCAUAUCCGAUGACGAUGACGAUGCACCCAAUUCGAUCGCUCCCACAUCUGCCGUGAGGCAACGCGCCAGCAAACCAAAAAACCCAAUCGUCUCAUCCAGGUUCACCAAUGGUUCCACAAACGGCCGUCAAUACACGCAUACGUCGACCAACGAUACUGACCCGUGGGAGGCAUGGACACUGUCGUCAACUGGCGAGUUUCGUUCUCGAUCGCUACUUCCUAACGACUACGAUGACAUGGACGACGACGCCAAAGACGAUCUUCUCGUAGUAGCCCCUGGACCUAUAGUGAGAUUGGGCAAGCGCAGCGUUGCAGUGGGCUUUGGUAAUACUGUUAAAAUCAUCACAUUGGGCAAGGAGCUCUUCGAUGGCAUGACGGUGCAAGACGGUGGACUUGAUAUUGGUCUUGGGAGUUACAGGGCACGACCGAAACGCGGGUCGGACAGGAAAGCCCUUUGAGCAUUCAAAACAUGAAUGACGGCGUUCAGGUACCCAGAUAGGGUUUGGGAAAUCUUUCAGCGCGGCGUUGCCCUUGGGAGGCUUGAUUCAGUUCUUGAUACCAUACAUAAUGCCAUGUUGUAAGUAAAUACACGAUUUUCG